CUUGAGGGCCUUAGAAACAGUUGAGGAAAACCUGUUCACUUUCACACUACCACCUGCUUUCAGAGGGUGGGGCAAAGGUUUAUAUAGCUGUAGAGGGGUGACAGUAGGGACACAAAGCAUUGCCGUGAAAAAGAGACUAACAAAUGGAAGAUUUGAGUUUACAAAAUGUCAAUCUGGAAAAAUCUGAAAACCUGGAGCGACACAGGACAAAGGGCUUCAGCAGCUCCAAAGCCCUUGUGGUGCGAAGAGGAACCCCAUUCAAAGUCAGUCUUCAACUGGAGGGCCGACCCUUCAACCCCAAGACUGACUCUCUGAGUAUCAAAGUUAUGCUAGGCCCCCUGUAUGUGAUAAUGCCAGUCACUGUCUCAAAGAAGGUUUCUUCCUCCCAUUGGCAAGCCUAUAUUGACCCAGAGAACCUGAACCUCCAGAGCCCCUCCAUAUUCAUCUCCUCUCCUGCCUCUGCCUCGGUGGGCUGCUACAGAUUGCAGCUGUGUGUGUUUACUCAGAACAGCCAGAAGACCUUUGCGUUUGGCAAAUUCAUCCUGCUCUGCAAUCCCUGGUGUCGUGAGGAUGCAGUGUACAUUCCCUUUGAGGACCAGAGAGAGGAGUACGUCCAGAACGACUCUGGGUUGCUGUUUAUGGGGACAGCUAUGAACCUUGUGUCAAGUCCAUGGUCCUUUGAUCAGUAUGAGCCUGGUGUUCUGGAGACGUGCCUGAAUCUGCUCCAAGUCAGCCCUCAGCACCAAAAGAACGGAAGAAUGGACUACCUGAACCGAAACAACCCUGUCUACAUCAGCCGGGUCGUGUCUGCUAUGAUCAACAGUGAGGAUGAUCGUGGAGUGCUGAAAGGGAACUGGUCAGGUGAUUUCAAACAAGGAGUUCAUCCCUCCAUGUGGACUGGGAGUGGGGAUAUUUUGACACAGUGGGCUCAGUCUGGUUACAGUCCAGUCAAGUAUGGACAGUGCUGGGUGUUUGCAGCUGUCAUGUGCACAGUCAUGAGAGUUCUUGGCAUUCCUUGCCGCGUUGUCACAAACUUCAACUCUGCUCAUGACACCAAUGGCAACUUGGUGAUUGAGGAGUACUACACUGAAACAGGGCAGAAGCUGAACCACUGCAAAGACAGCAUAUGGAACUUCCAUGUGUGGGUGGAGUGCAAUAUGACUCGCCCGGAUGUGGGACCUGGAAUGGAUGGCUGGCAGGUUCUGGACCCGACCCCCCAGGAGAGGAGUGAAGGAGUGUUCUGCUGCGGCCCAGCCCCAGUCAAAGCAAUCAAGGAUCGGCGUAUUGACCUGUUGUUUGACAUCCCCUUCGUCUAUGCCGCGGUGAACGCCGACGUCCACUCAAUCAUAGUGAGCAAGGGACGGGUGCUCAGCUACAACAAAGACACCAAGAAAGUGGGAUCCCUUAUCUGCACCAAAGCUGUUGGCUUCCCCAGACACCAGAACAUCACCAGAGAAUACAAAGACAUCAAAAGCCCGACUUCAUCACUUAAUUCAAGAAGUUCCACAAUGUCAGGAAACUCGACAUUACGGAGAGCAGGUUCAUCAAAGGGGGUGUCAGUCUUCCUUACCCUGGAUAAAGCUCCUGUUGCUGGGGAGCCUGUCUGCUUCACGGUGAAAGUCAUCAACAAGCAGAGCAUUGCCAAGAUGAUGAAGGUGCAUCUCAACGCCCAGGCUAAAGAAUACAACAACAGCCCCUCAGACACCUUCUGGGAAACCCAAGGUGUCAUAAAAAUGGCCCCCAUGGAAGCCAAGGUUAUUCACCAGCAGAUCCUCCCAGCCCAGUAUGAGGAUGUGGUGGGAGACAACCUGAUCAACCUCGCAGUAGUCCUGGAGAACAUGUCCAGUCAAGAGCGGGUCCUGGCCUCUGACGAGUUCAAUAUCGCCAGCCCACAGCUCACAGUACAGAUUGCAGAUGGAGACUCCAUCGUGCCUAACAAAGAACAGACUGCUACGGUGACCUUCACUAACCCAUUUUCUCUCCCGGUGAGUGGAGUACUGACUGUAUCUGGGCCCGGGCUGAUCCAGGGCAAAGUUCAAUUCAGGAUGCUUCCACUGCGUCCAGGAGGAAGAGUGGAGCAGCACAUCGCCUUCACCCCCAACAUAGUGGGAACAAAGAUGCUGCAGGCCAGCCUGUCACUCACAAACAAUUCCAUAAUCAGAGGCUUCAAGAUGGUCUCUGUCCGCAGUGCUUAGGUCCUGUUUUUUGCCUUUAAUUUGGCUCAGGUACAACAUUUGGGCACAAUAGUUACAUUUCUGAUGUCAGCAUUGUCUUGCCUCAGAAACACUUCUCAUUUAUGUUGUAAAAACGUCUCCCAACUGAAGCCGGAACAUGGCAACCAGGUAGCAGCAUUAGUCACAGAGGAAACAUUACUCCCAUCCAACCCUCAUGUUUUUCUAUUGCUGUGUAUGAUAUAAAUGUGAAUGUAAAUGAUAUUUAUUUGUUUUGCUAUUUAUUUAGCGAUUUAUGUGUUCGAGCCAUGAAAAUCAACAUUGCUACCUGAAAAUGUUUAUUUUAAAUUGCAAAGCUGGAACAAAUGAUUUGAAUGGAAUAUGAAUGAAUAUUGCGUGUGCUUUUUGCUUUGUUUGAAAAAUGAAUCAAAGAAUGUGCUGUAUGUAACAUUUCUUCUGACUUUCAAAUAUAUGUAUGUGGAUUUUU